AGGCAGUCCAGUCCAGUAGUAGUAAGGCUUCGGCCAUUGCCGAGUUCAUAACGUACGUUGCUCGGCUCGGCUUGGAGCGAGCGCCGAAUCGAGUCCUUCGCAUGGACGCCGCACGGAGCCUGAGCAGACGCUACUGUCCGCGUGUUUAGUGUUUGCAUUUAAGCGGUCGCUGAGCUCUCCGAUCUUGUCUUUGGAUCAACUGAUUUCUUUGACGUUCUGCGUCUUCAACAUUUAUUGGCAGAAUGGAACGACAGCGCGUAUGGAUUCCAGACGCGGCGGAGGGCUUCAUCGAGGGCAUCGUCGUGGACUUAGGUCUGGACGAGGUGACGGUGGAGCCCUUGGACAGGAAGAAGGGCAAAGCAGUGACGGCCACCUUGGACAGGGUGUACCCGGCUGAGGUGUACGACAGCAAAGAUGUGGACGAUAACUGUUCACUCAUGCACCUGAAUGAAGCAACCCUACUCAAUAACAUUCGGAUGCGAUACAAGAAGGAUAAAAUAUAUACGUAUGUGGCAAAUAUAUUAAUUGCUGUAAAUCCCUAUUUUGAAAUUAAAAACUUGUACUCCAGCCAAACUAUUAAGAGCUACCAAGGGAAGAGUUUGGGUGUAAUGCCACCUCAUGUAUUUGCCAUAGCGGACAAGGCAUUUCGUGACAUGAAAGUGCUGAAACAGUCACAGUCUAUAAUCGUCUCUGGAGAAUCUGGUGCCGGUAAAACUGAAUCAACUAAGUAUCUUUUAAGGUAUCUUUGUGAUUUGUGGGGAUCAGCAGCAGGCCCUAUUGAACAACGCAUUUUAGAUGCCAAUCCUGUUCUUGAGGCAUUUGGAAAUGCGAAAACAACUCGAAACAACAACAGUAGUCGCUUUGGGAAGUUCAUGGAGGUACACUUUGACUCUCGAUGUCAAGUGGUUGGUGGUUUCAUAUCCCACUAUCUUCUUGAAAAAUCAAGAAUUUGUGGGCAAGCAGCAGAAGAAAGAAACUAUCAUGUUUUCUACCAGCUGUGUGCUGGAGCUCCUGAGUCACUUCGUAAGAAAUUUGACAUCACAAAACCAGAUGAUUAUCAUUAUCUUAGACAUGGUUGCACGCAAUAUUUCACUUCUUCAACCACAGAGAAGAAACUAUCUGCCAAUCAGAAAAGUAGUGCCCAUAGUAAGAGUGGAUCAUUGAAUGAUCCAUUAUUGGACGACAUUGAUGACUUUCAAUCUAUGGACCAGGCUUUAGUGCGGCUUGGUCUUGCUGAAGAAGAAAGGCUAAAUAUAUAUGCAAUGGUCGCGGCUGUUCUUCACCUUGGAAAUGUGUGUUUUGAAGAUAACCCUGAAGAUACUAAAGGUGGUUGUCAAGUGACAGGGAGCUCUGAAAAAUCUCUUUCUACUGCUGCAAAUCUAAUGGGAGUUGAUCCAGAAGAAAUGAGACAGGCUUUAGUCUCAAAAGUAAUGAUGACAAACCGUGGUGGUCUGAAAGGCACUGUCAUUAUGGUUCCUCUCAAAAUUUAUGAGGCUAACAGUGCACGUGAUGCCCUUGCCAAAGCAAUAUAUAGCAAAUUGUUUGACUACAUUGUGCAACGAAUUAACAAGAGUAUACCUUUCAAAGCGUCCAGCUAUUACAUUGGCGUUCUGGAUAUUGCUGGGUUUGAAUACUUCACUGUCAACAGCUUUGAGCAGUUCUGCAUCAAUUACUGUAAUGAAAAGUUGCAGCAGUUCUUUAAUGAACGAAUUCUUAAGGAGGAGCAAACUUUAUAUCAAAAAGAAGGGUUACAAGUGAAAAAAAUUGAAUUUGUUGAUAACCAGGAUUGCAUAGAAAUGAUUGAAGCAAGUAAAAUUGGCAUUUUCAGUCUAUUGGAUGAAGAAUCAAAGCUCCCUAAAAGUGUAGCUACUCACUUCACCACCGAAGUUCACAGUCAGUGGAAGAAUCAUUUUAGAUUAGGCUUACCCCGAACAUCCCGCUUGAAAGCACACAGGGAAAUUAGGGAUGAUGAGGGCUUCCUUAUUCGUCACUUCGCAGGAGCUGUUUGCUAUCAAACCGCUCACUUUAUUGAUAAAAAUAAUGAUGCGUUGCAUGCAUCCUUAGAAGGAUUAGUUCAAGAGAGCAAGAACAGCUUCCUACAAAACUUAUUUGCCAAUUCUGCUGUGCCUGCUGCACAGAAAGGCAAACUAACUUUCAUAAGUGUUGGAAACAAGUUCCGUCAGCAGCUAGGAGAACUAAUGGACAAAUUAGGAAGUACUGGUACAAAUUUUGUGAGAUGUAUUAAACCCAAUCAUCGUAUGGUGGCACAUGACUUUGAGGGAGGCUCAAUUUUAUCACAGUUGCAGUGCUCAGGAAUGACCAGUGUAUUAGAGCUUAUGCAGCAGGGAUUCCCUUCACGGGCACCAUUUAGUGAAUUGUACAACAUGUAUCGUAGUGCUUUGCCUCCUGAGCUGGCACGUCUUGACCCAAGACUCUUCUGCAAGGCACUAUUUCGGGCUUUGGGCAUGAAUGAAAAUGAUUAUCGUUUUGGUGUCACCAAAGUUUUCUUCCGCCCUGGUAAAUUUGCAGAAGUUGAUGCUAUUAUGAGGUCAGAGCCUGAAAAUCUUGCAGCUAUGAUAAAGAAGGUGAAAGUAUGGCUUCUGAUCUCUCACUGGAAGAAGGCACAGUGGUGUGCACUUUCUGUUAUUAAAUUGAAGAACAAGAUUCUGUACCGCAGAGAAUGUCAUGUAACUAUUCAGAAGAACAUUCGAAUGUAUCUAGCUAAAAAGCAUCACCGACCUAGGUACCGUGGAAUUAUGAAGAUCAACAGUUUGCAGUCCAUGUUAAGCCGUAUGCAAGAAAUAAUUAAGCAAAUGAAGAAGGAUCGUGAAGCCAGUGAGUCUCAGGUCAAAGCUCUCCACGAUGACAUGACGUCAGCUAUAAGAAAAAUAAAAACAAAUCCUAAGAUAAGUGGUGCAGAAGUAGAUGGACUUUAUACACAACUUAUGAAUAAGGCCAAUGCACAAAUGGGUGCUCUCCAAGCAAAACUGGAACUACAGAAAAGUGCAGAGGAGCAGGAGAGAUUGCGUAGGAUCCAGCAAGAAAUGGAAGAAGAGAAAAGGAGGAAAGCUGAUGAAGAAGCAGCUCAAAGAGCUCAGGAGGAGGACCGCAAAAAAAAGCAGGAAAUGGAAGCCAGGCGGAAGAUUGAGGAAGAACAAAGGAAAAGGCAAGAAGAGGAAGACAAAAAGACUGCAGCAGCUCUUCAAGCCCAGCUGGAACAAGAGGCUAUGGCCGAUGCAAGGUUCCGAGAUCAAAUGGAACAGGAGCGUAGAGAUCAUGAAUUGGCUUUAAGAUUGGCUCAGGAAACUAAUGGUCAACUUGAAGAUGUGUCACCACCUAUGAGAAGAUCAGAAAGCACUCGAACAUUAGAUGGAGCAGAAAAAAAUAAGUUUGAUCUGUCCAAGUGGAAGUAUUCAGAGCUACGAGACACUAUUAAUACAUCCUGUGACAUCGAUCUGUUAGAGGCUUGCCGUGUUGAGUUUCAUCGCCGACUAAAGGUGUAUCAUGCCUGGAAAGCAAAGAAUAGGCGUCGCACAACAAUGGAAGAAAAUGAGAGAGCCCCUCGAUCAGUUAUGGAUGCAGCUGCUCGCGCUCCCAGGUCACAAGUGAAGUCACCUGUAGUUCCAACCAGCUCUCAGCGUUUUUUCCGUAUUCAGUUUGUUCGUCCAUCGGCCAAUCAGAGUUCAGAAAAUGGCCAGAGUAAUGGUCACACAGAUGUUGGAACUACUGGCUAUUCAGAGGGAAGGAGAGGUUGGUGGUAUGCACACUUUGAUGGGCAGUUUGUUGCCCGUCAAAUGGAACUGCAUCCAGAUAAAGCUGCCAUAUUACUAACAGCAGGUUUGGAUGAUAUGCAGAUGUGUGAGUUAAGUCUUGAAGAGACUGGCUUGACAAGGAAACGGGGUGCUGAAAUAUUGGAACAUGAAUUUGAAAAGGAGUGGGAAAAACAUGGAGGAAAGCCGUUCAUAAGAAUGGCACGAAACAAUAAGUAGAAAAUUUUAUUUGAGGAGAAGAUUUAUUUAAUAACUGUGAUGACUGUAAGUUCACUUUCUGUGUUGUUUGGCAGAAGAGAUGUGGAGUCUCUACUUUGUUCAUUAUAAGUUUUGGUUAAUUAGUGAAAUUGAUUCUGUCCUAAAAAUGAACUUACUAUUUUAAAUUCUAAAGCUUUGUUAAACCUCAGGCAAUGAUAAUGCCUGUGUUCUUGAUAUCUUACUUACCUAUUUUAUUACUGUGCAACUCUGUAAAAGUGCAUGCAAAAAUGCAUUUAAAUAUAUUGCCUAUAUAGAGCAUGCUGCUAAUUAUCACUGUCUUGUAAGUUACCUUGUUGAUUGUGUCAAUCAUAAAAAAUGCACAUUGAUAGAACCUCUAAUCAAAGUUUUUUGUUCAAAAAGAUAGAGCACUAUCAGUGAGAUUAAGACUUAAUUGAUGCUUUUUCUUCUCCCAGUCGCAAAAGAUUUACUUUUUAAAUUCCAAAACCAUGAAAAUCAAUGGCAAUAUUGAUGUAAGUUCAGUUACAGGUGAUAAAUUUUAUGAAGCAAACAUUCCUGUAUUUUAGUAGAUGAAGAUGUUUUUUCCUAUAUGUACUGAAAUGUGAACUAAAAUGAUUUAUUUUGGAAAAAUAAUGUUUGUGCACUUUGUUAUUGUUAAUUAAAUGUUUUCAAGGAGUUAA